AUGGACAACGAACACACCUGGGAAAGGCCUAUCAUGUUAUCACCACCUCCAUUGGAACAACACAUGCAGAAGCCUCCUGCCCAGCAGCCUGAGCAGGCGUUUCCGCUGAAUCACGGCCAUGCUGAGAGACAGAUGAGUGUGGGCUACAACUUGCAGCACGAGUUUGAAACCUUGACUGCCGACUUGGACUUGGACUUGAGAAACUACGCCGCCAGACAGAGCGUGGACCACGCUCCUGGAGCUCCCAAUGGCGCCUCGGCAUCUUCGGGGUCUUCGGGAUCGUCGGGUUUCUCUGCCUCUGGCAACAGUGCCAGCUUGCUUGCCCCCUCUGCUUCCAAGUACGGGUUUUCCGACCUCUUGGGCACUGGCGGCUCUGGCACGCCCUUGGCAAACUCGCUCCUUCGUGAUAACGCAUUGUCCCCCAUCCAACACCCGGUUCCAACCAACAACUUAUCGUCGUUGUUAGGGGGAACCAACGGCGGUGGGUUCUUGCCUCCACUGGCGUCCAUCCCCAACCGUCCCCAGUCGGUCAACGACUUCUCCAACUACUUCAACCGCCAGCAACAGCAAGAGCAGCCUCUGUUGUUGCAGCCCCAACAAACCAACUUCUACCUGGAUUUAUUAGCAUUUACCAACUGGAUUGAAAACUUGAAUCCUCAGGAUAAUCUCACCAUGAUUGAGUACUUGUGCAACAACUUGCCGUUGGACAUCUUGUUGACGUUCAAGUCAAAGCUCCAGGGCCACUUGGCCACCCACCAAGCCAAAACCCAGUCGUUCUUGUCGCCAUACCACGAGCUCUACGGAGACAUGGAAAACUUGAACUUGAGCGCCCACUCCGAGCCUCUGGCCACGGCUUCGUCACAGCCACAACUUCACCAGCCAAAGCCCAAGCUCAAAAAUAACUUUGUCAACCAACACUUGUUUGUUGAUCAGAGAAACCCAAGACCAAAGUCGGCCGAUCCCACGGUUAACAAUGCGGUCAGGUUCCAGCAACAGCCCCAGUCCCUGGCCCAAGCUCAAGCCCAACCCCAGCCGCAACAACUGCAACUGCAACAACAGUUUGAAAGAGCAAGAUCUCCAACCAGUCAUUUGUACGAAAAGACCAGUUUCUUGCAACAAGCUGCUGCCAACCCAAACUCUCCGUUGCAUCAGCAGCUCCAUGGUCAUCAUUACCCUCAAAACCAGCCUGCUCAACCAAGCCACCAAGCGCAACAAGCUAGCCAGCCUCAGCAAGGAAGCACCCAGCAGGCUACUUCUGAUGAAUCCUUGGAUUUAUCUGCCCACACCGCCUUGAAACUUGGUGCCUUGGCUACCAUCAACUCCAGAGUUGCUUUGGACUCUAAUAGAAAGUAUGGUUAUGGACCAUACGGAAACGGACAUACAUACCAAGGAGGACGUCCAGGACAUUUUGAAGAUUCGAUCAACAGAAAUGUCAACUCUUCAUCCGUUCCUCUUCCAAGAACUAACCCCAAGUCCCCGCAAUCCAAGCCAAUUAGCGGCCUUGGAAAGAAAGAACAAGAAUUAGGAGGUAAUCGUGAAAAUUUAUCAGGAAUAAAUUCUCCUAACAGUGCUUCGUCGUCGAACAGCUCGAUGCCAGCUGAUGUCACCAAUAUUGAGUUGUUGAACAACAUCCCAGCCUGGUUGAAGUUGUUGAGAUUGCACAAGUACACUGAUUACUUGAAGGAUAUUCCUUGGAAGCAAUUAGUAGAGAUGAGCAAUGAGGAAUUGGAAGCCACCGGCGUGGUUGCAUUGGGGGCCAGAAGAAAAUUAUUAAAGGCUUUUGAUGUGGUUAAAAAGGCAAAUGUUUAG